AUGACAGCAGUGCUGGUCUCAAAUGGCGCAGAUAUUGAUGCAUCUGGAAGCACUGCUUGUGGACCACAGGCAGAGGAAGAUCCAUUUGAUGAGUUCUUAAGUGCUGCCCCCGUCGCCGCUGCUGUUUCGGCAUUGGACCCCUGUGCUGAGGAGAAGGCCUUCUUCGGUCAGACUACAGAGCGGCGCAAUGUACUCACCAAGGAGUCGAUCCUGUCCCUCUACGGCACCACACAGCCUCCAGCCUUCGUUGCACCUGCUGCCGGAAUGCCCAUGCAGGCUGUCUACGGAAUGGCACCUGGUGGUGGUUACACAACUCCAAACGUGUUUCUCCAAGGGCUUGCAUCGAUGCCUGGAGGCAGCAUGCAUCUUCCUCAGCAGCAGCAGCAGCAGCACAUGCCGGGGAGCAGCACCAGUGAGACGGGCGAGGUGCAGCCGUUUCCCAGCAACCCCUUCUUGAGCCCAGUGACGCAGCCAGGCAACUUGCCCCAGCUGCAACAGCAGAUGGCUGGCCUGCAGCUCAGUGCCAGCAAUGCUGCCUGGGGGGGGCACACGGCUGUGGGACGUGUGCCGUGGUCCAGCAACCCAGCUCACCAGGCGCACACACUCUCCACUAACCUCUGGCAGUGAGGACGGUCA